UAAAGGCUCGGGUCGCACGUUCACGUGUGCGUUCUGAGGUUCAGGACACCAAGUCUCAGACUUUCCCUUGCGCGGGCCAUCGUGGCCACCUGGGAGGAUUCUUUCACUUCUCCGGGCUCAAGUGUCCGGAGGUUGGUUCCAGAAAGCUCGGCGGAAGCAGAAAUGGACUGUGGAUCCCAGAAACACUGCAUGGAGCAAUGAUGAUUCCAAGUUUGGCCAGAGGAUGCUUGAGAAGAUGGGGUGGUCUAAAGGAAAGGGUUUGGGAGCUCAGGAGCAAGGAGCCACAGAACACAUUAAAGUUAAAGUUAAAAAUAACAAUCUGGGACUUGGAGCUACAAACAAUAAUGAAGACAACUGGAUUGCUCACCAAGAUGACUUCAACCAGCUUUUGGCAGCACUCAACACUUGCCACAGUCAGGAAACAGCAGAUUCCUCGGACAACAAGGAAAAGAAAUCUUUUAGCCUUGAAGAAAAAUCCAAAAACUCCAAAAACCGGGUUCAUUAUAUGAAAUUCACGAAAGGGAAGGAUCUGUCCUCCCGGAGCGAAACCGACCUGGACUGCAUUUUUGGGAAAAGAAAGAACCAGAAGACUGCUCAGAAAGAAUAUAUGCUACUCCACCAGAGAGGCAAGCCCCUGUGCUGCAUGCUUGCCCUCUUUGGGAAGGAUGGUUGCAGCACCUCCAUUGCAGAUGAAGUGGACACCUCCAUGAUGACUACCACAACCAGUGCCUUCACCAUCCAGGAAUAUUUUGCCAAGAGGAUGGCCCAGUUAAAAAGCAAGCCACGAGCCUCAGCUCCAGAGCCUGACAUUUCAGAGACCUCUGAUGAAUGGAAAAAGGAGAAGAAAAAAACCAAAGAAGCAGCAGUCACAGAUGUGGAGAACUCUCCCCAACACAAGGCCAAGCGACAUAAAAAGAAAAGGCGAGCGAAAGCAGAGGUGGAGCCUGUGAUCAAGAAGAGAGACCGACUUGAGCUGCAACCUGGAGGUCCCAGCGGGGAUGAGUGUUCUGAAGCCUCUGCCGAAGCUGAAGAAGAUUGUGAACAAUCACCCAGCAGCCAGGGUGAUGUCCUGAAGUCCAAGAAGAGGAAAGCAAAGAAAAAGCUGCAAAGGCCAGGGCGGGUAGAAAUAGACACCACACUAGAGAAGGCACCCGUGAAAAAGAAGAAGAAAGCUUCCAGAUGACUUCACACUAGCCAGGGUCUCUGGCCACGCAGCUGCCAGCACACUGCAGGGCUGGCACACAGCCGAUGCUCUGGCCUGAAGUCAGAGUGCGGUGAACCCCAGGCAGCUCAGCAUCUUUUAACAUGCCACAGGUUGCCAGCUCAUCUUCUCACCACCUUUCCCCCAAGUUGCCUUCCUGAGAGAACUGACUUGAAUGUUAUAGAUCAUGGCUUUUCAAUAAAUAAACAAAUAGAUUCUUUCUUAUACUA